AAUUCUCCGCAGUCUUUCCAGAAAGUUCCUUCAUGCCUCCCGGCAAAUUUUCCACUUCAUCGAAGUUACUUGAAACCGUGUCCGUUGGGUCUUCACCUACAGAAAACUCCAAUUCCACAUCAUCUGACCAGUUGAUUGAUGUGUUGUCAGAGCUUAAAGCAAUUGAUAUUAAAGAUGCCAAGUCAGACGCUACAGGCAAAAUUUUCAAGACACUAUCUGAGUCGGAUAAUUGUGCUUUUAUUUAUAACAUAGGAGCUUACAAUUCAAUAAUGCAAGAAACAGAUAAAAUCUCACUUUUGCAUUAUUGGAAUCUACACAAAGGACUAAAUAUUCAUUAUGGAAAUAUUGUAACUUCCGGUAAACAAAUUCUGGCAGUGGAUGGCGAAUUAAGUUAUAAGAAAAAUAAAAUUAUAGGUGAAUUUAUACACAUUUACACAAAUAGAACUCGAAGCAAAAUUAAUAACAUGUUUCCUGAUCAAGACGAUGAAGUUAGUGUUCGUUUACAUGUCCCCCUUCUUCAGGUUAAAUAUAGUUGUUCUAGAGUCAUUGAAGAAUUUAUUAGAGAAGUCAAAAAAACAUUAAAUAAGUCUGAUCGUAAGGCUCUUGAAACCUUAUUUAAGACAUAUGGACAACUUAUAGCCCAGAAUGUUGACAUUGGCGGUGCACUUAUGAUUAAGUUAACGUCAUGCGAAGACGAAAUGUUUUCACAAAAUAUUGAAGAUCUGAAAGCUCACAUAUACUGGGCUUACGAUCAAAUUAUGUCAGGAAAACCUAAUGUAUUCGAUCAAGUUUCAUUCGAACAUUUUAUAAUGAAAGAUGGAAACACUAACAUGGGCAAACAAGAAAUUAGAUCUGGAAAAGAAUUGAAGGCCUGGAUGGAGAAUUUAUACGAGUAUAAAAGUGAAUAUAUUAUAUCUUUUAAUAAACUUGUGUUUGUGUUCAGUUCACUUACAGAUGAGAUAAAACAAAAUAUACGUAAAACCCUUGAUAAAUUUGAUGAAAAGCCUAUUUCAUUUAUUCUGCACAUGGCUGUAUCCGAUGCUAUUGAUUUAAAUGCUUGGAUUUCAUGUUCACAAAAUAUGAUUCAAAAAAUAAACUUAUAA